AUGGAUUUGCCUGAUAUGACUAAUGAACAAAUUGAAUUAUUGAAAAGGCUUGAAGAAGAGAAUCGGCGUAUUGAAUAUGAUUUGAAAUCACCCGCAAGCGCAACUCUCAACCCAACAGUCAAUAUACAUUCAUAUGAAUUACAUCAUAAGCAAGGACAACAAGAUUCAAUUUCUAGUGAUCUGAGUCAUUUAACUAUUGAUGAUAACUCUGAAAACGAAUGGAUGAUAUGGAAUAAAUUAAUCAAUAAUUGGUCAACAUAUAUGAAACAAAAUCCGACAUGGAUAAAAAAUUUAAUUCGAGCUGGUGUUCCAGUUCAUUUUCGUCCAUUGCUUUGGCAAUGUUUAACUAAAGUUGAAACAUCAAAUGCUAAACUUAAAUAUAUUCAAUUAAUCAAAAUGGCUUCACCAUGUGAAAAAGUUAUCCAACGAGAUAUAACAAGAACAUAUCCUGAACAUGAACUUUUUAAGGAAAAACAUGGUCUUGGACAAGAAAGUCUAUUUAAUGUAAUUAAGGCUUAUUCAUUAUACGAUCGUGAAGUCGGCUAUUGUCAAGGUAUUGGUUUUAUUGUCGGUCUUUUACUUAUGCAUAUGCCCGAAGAAGAAGCCUUUGCUGUAUUAGUAUCGAUUAUGCAAGAUUAUUCAAUGCGGAAAAUGUAUAAAUCUGAUAUGUACCAUUUAGCUCUGCACAUGUAUCAACUUGAAUAUAUGAUUCAAGAAUUUCUCCCUGAACUUUAUCGGCAUUUUCAAGCGGAGACUAUGAAUAUAUCUAUGUAUGCGUCGAGUUGGUUUUUAACUUUAUUUACAACACAACUGCCAUUCAAUAUUGUUUGUCGUACAAUGGAUCUAUUUUUAAGUGAGGGUAUGGAAAUGAUCUUUCGUAUUAGUAUUGCUCUACUUGAAAUGCAUCAAGAUGAAUUAAUGCUUUUAUCGAUGGAAGAUAUGCUUAAGUAUUUUCAAAAGGAAAUACCCCUUAAAGAUGAAAUAAAUCAUGAAGCACUAUUUCAACGCGCAUUUACACUGGAAUAUAAUGGGAAAAAAAUGAAAAAAUUAGAAAAAGAGUACAGCAUUAUUCGUAAAGAAGAACAAGAAAAACAAAUUGAAAUUCGUAAACUACGAAAUGAAAAUCGUUUAUUGAAGCAACGAGUUGAAAAUUUAGAAAAAGAAAGUGUUACACUUGCCAAUCGACUGAUUGAAGGUCAAGUAUUGAAUGCACAGUGCGCCGAAGAAUCUUAUCUGUUGAAACGUGAAAAUUGUACUUUGAAAAAACAAAUUGAAGAGCUCAAUCAUUUGAACACGGAUACCAACAAUAAUAAUCAUAAUAAUAAUAAUUAUGCGCAAACGAAAACUAGAGAUUCAUCCGAUUUUAUAGCUGAAUCCGACGAUAAUGAAUUAGAAAUACUUCAAGAAACAGUUAAUAGAUUGAGCGCAGAAAACCGUCGGUUACAAUCGACGCCAAAUUCCGAACUAGCAUCAUUGCAAGAAGAAUUAACUCUAGUAAAAAUGCGGGAUGCUGAAGCUCAAGUAAAUUUGAAUGAACUCCGACAACGUAUAGCUGAUCUAAAUCGUGAAUGGCAAUUACAUGAUAGUACAUGUAAAAUCGCUCGAGAAACAAACAACAUCAGUGUCAAUCAUGAUGCAUACGAUUUAAUAGCGCAUGAAUUAAUAGCAUUGAAAAUGCGUGAAGCGCAAACCGAUUGUGAAAAUAAACUUCUUUCACAAAAACUUAUGGAUAUUGAAACGCAAAAACAAGUUUUACAUAAUCAAAUAAAACGGCAAGACGACGAAAUGCAACGCAUACGUCAUGAACUUGAUCAAAGUCGAGUACGUGAGAAUGAAUUACGUUCACAAUUAAAUGAAAUUAGAAACCAAAUAACCGAUGGAGUGUUGAGACAAAAAGAAGACUCCAUGAUGUUACGUAUUCGAGAAGCAGAAAAUACUCAAGCCCUAGGUGAUCUACGUCAAAGAAUAGCUGAACUUGAAGUUCAAAAUCAAGAACUAAUUACUCGUAGUCAAAUCAUGGGCGAUAGAGAUAUACAAGAGAAGCUCCUUGAAAUGCAAGACGAGGUAAUGCGUCUUCGUUUAAUGCAUCCAAUGACUCGUAGACAAUCACUAUCAACAGAUCAUACUCGAAUAGACUAUGAAGAUAGUGAAGACGAAAGUUUAUCUUCUUCACUAUCUAACCAUGAAAAUCAACGUUUAAGUUCUUCCGCCGGUAUUUAUUCUACCUUAACUUUUCAAUCUAAUCAUCAUCUUCGUCAAUCAACACCUUGCCUAUUUCAAUCAACAAAUAAUACUAAAACGCAAUGUCGUUCUUCGUCGACUAUGCUUUCGUCUCCAACACUAUCAUCGCCCACUAAUGAAAUUCAUGUUGAAUGA